UACACCUCGUUCAGGAAACUACCGGUGCAAUCCAAAACCUGCACUGGAAUUUGGAUUCGGAUAGGUUUUUACCAUGGUCUCUUCACCAAUUAAUAUUUCACUAAUAAGUUUGACUACUGAAGGGUAAUAAUUAAGUAAGAAAAAGCACGCUAUAGCUCCGUCCUUGUGUGGAUACUGGGAGAGCCAACCCCGCAUAAACACCAGCAGUUAUCCCACCGCCGACCAGCAAAAUAAUGGCGAAGAUAGCGGUGGGAAGCCGGGAGGAGGCCACUCAGCCGGACUGCGUCCGCGCCGUCGUCGCCGAGACCAUCCUCACCUUCCUCUUCGUCUUCGUCGGUGUCGGAGCUGCCAUGGCUGCAGAGAAGAUGGCGGGAGGGAAGGACGCGAUAGUAGGGCUGAUGGCGGUGGCGGUGGCGCACGCGCUGAUGGUGGCGGUGAUGACAGCGGCGGGCCUCCACAUCUCCGGCGGCCAUCUGAACCCGGCUGUGACGGUGGGGAUGGCCGUGGGGGGUCGCAUCACCCUCGUCCGGUCUAUCCUUUACAUCACCGCCCAGCUACUGGGCUCCUCCAUGGCUUGUCUCCUCCUCAAGCGCAUCACGGGAGGAAUGGAUACUCCAAUCCAUUCUCUUGCUGCUGGUAUGGUGGCCAUCCAAGGUGUUAUAAUGGAGAUAGUCCUCACCUUCUCCUUCCUCUUCUCCGUUUAUGCGACCAUUGUGGACCCUAGGAAGGGCAUUAUAGCAGGCCUGGGCCCUCUUUUUGUUGGGCUCGUGGUGGGGGCUAAUAUAUUAGCCUGCGGGCCCUUCACCGGUGCAUCCAUGAACCCAGCUAGGUCGUUUGGGCCAGCCCUGGCCAGCCACAAUUGGACUAACCACUGGGUUUAUUGGGUUGGGCCACUCUUUGGUAGUCUCCUGGCCUCAUUUGUCUAUGAGCAUCUCUUUAUGGCACGCACAGAUGAACCUCUCUACAGGGAUCAAGAGUAUUUCCGAGGGUCGACUUAGCACUGUCUUCUUUUUUCCCUAAUUAAAAAAAAAAAACAAUCCUUAGAUUUAGCUGUCAUAUCUUGUUUCAUAGUUCAUGUCUUGUGUAAACUGUAUAAGAUGGGCCUGUUUGUUUUUUAUCUUUAUAAAUUUGUCACAUUUGACAUCUA